ACUACCUGCAGGUAGCCCAGCGGAAAUAACACCCGGCUUUUCCAGUGACCUCAUGACUCGCCCGAGGGUAGUCAAGCAUCAUGGAUAGCCCGCGCCUCCUAUGCGAAUGCCAAAGGGCAAGGCCACAAACAUGGGUCCCUCUAUAGCAUCCGCGACGAAAGCCGCAUCAACGACACUGUCAAGCAUAUUUCAGCCUGCAGUAACGCGUGCACGGCGCCUACCGCCUCUUGCAGAUCAGCCUCCCCAAAGGUCAACCUCUCAGAGCGCCGAGAAACCACCUCAUAGGGUGAGCAGCAUGUGCCACACCCUCCUCGGUGACCUCUCUUGGGAGGUGUAUCGGCCAUUUGGUGGCGCCUUUCCACAAGGAUGGGUGGCAGAACCAAGAGCGAGAGCGUGGCAUUUUCUCGGCGUAUCACGUGCAUCGCCAAUCGGGCCAGCCGGCCGCUGUUCUUUGUUCCCCGUUGUGAACAUGCACGCCGAAUCGAUUGUCCUCCGAACAAAGGAACGCUCCGCUCUCCUCGUAAGCGUGGCGAUGCACAAGAAGACAACAAAGAGAUGUCCGGACCGCGCCGGAAACACGUGCCCAACAGGAGCCGACAUCAUAUAAGAGACGCCAUCGCUUG